AUGUCUGAGGCGGUUCUGAGGGAUUUUCCCUCGCUCUUUUCCCUCAAGGGCAAGGUUGCCGUCGUUACAGGCGGCUCCCGCGGCCUGGGGCUGCAUGCUGCUUCUGCAUUCCUCCAAGCUGGCGCGGCCAAGGUUUUUAUCUCGUCGCGCAAGGCCAAGGCCUGCGAAGAGGCCGUCAAGGCGCUGGAGGCCCAGCCCAACCUCGCCCCCGGCGUCGAGAUUAUUCCCGUGCCCGCCGACUCGUCCAACAUUGCCGGCAUCAAGCACCUGCUCGCCGAGGUGAGCAAGCACACGGACCACGUCGAUAUCCUCUUCGCCAACGCUGGCGCGACCUGGGGUGCCGCCUUUGACAAGCAUCCGGACGAGGCCUUUGCCAAGGUCAUGGACCUCAACGUGCGUGGCGUCUUCAACGCCAUCCGCGAGUUCGCGCCGCUGCUUGAGAAGCGCGCCUCAAUCCGCGACCCGUCGCGCGUUAUCAUCACGUCGUCUGUCGCCGGCCUCGGCAUUGGCAGCCUCGGCGACCACGGCACCUACGGCUACUCAGCCUCCAAGGCCGCUGUCCUCCACCUCGGCCGCAACCUGGCCGUCGAGCUCGGCCCUCGCCACAUCACCGUCAACUCUCUCUGCCCUGGCUUCUUCCCCAGCAAGAUGUCCAACGGCCUGAUGGGGAUGACGGGCGGCGCCGAGGCCAAGGCCAAGACGAACCCCAUGCAGCGCCUCGGCGAGCCGGAGGACAUUGCUGGCGCCGUUGUCUACCUCGCCAGUCGCGCAGGUGCCCACGUCAACGGCGAGACGCUUGCUGUGGACGGUGGUUCACUUUGGCAGCGUGGCGAGAUGAUCUCCGCCCCCAAGUUGUAA